GUUUGCUCCUCUAGCUUCCUGCCAGAGUAGAUCCUGCGAGUCCAGAAGUUGCGCUUCCACCCGGCAGAUACCCGCAUACUUUCGGAAAUCUGUGUCGCGUCAGUUGUGGGUGGGCUCUCGGAUUCCACGCCUCGGUCGGGGCUGCCCGGCCUGAGGGCGCUGUCUGCAGGCGGGAGAGGACGUCUGUCUUCCGGAACGGAGGCAGCGCGCACGGGUUGUUUCCCGACGGUUCUAGCUCGUCACCUCCCCGCGCCCCGCCCCUCGCGCGGCCACGUCUCCGCUGGAGCAGCGCGGCCGCCGAAGCUUCCGCGGCACCCGGGUACCAUGAUAUUACUUGGUUUGAUUUCAAGCCACUUAUGAGACUAGAUUUCCCCCGAAUGGAAAGCCUAGUACGGCCCUUCCCAGAAGCUCUUGGUUGCUGCUGAUGGCCGAAACCAAACCUGCCAGCAUCUUACUUGUGACCCUCAAGUCUCAGCUCAGCCUGUGCCGUUCUGACCAUGGACAGAAUGCCAGCUGGAUCCAGCAGUGGCACCCCAGCUCACCCGGAGGCCCUCCCCAAGCCCCCAAACUCACUGGUGCCACCUAACCAAUGGGACAAAGCUCAGUGUGCUGGUAUCGAGGUGCACAGAGCUUCAGACAGAGAUGGAGACCUGGAUGUUCCCAGCAAGGUCAACACCUGUCAGAAUGGGCCGAUGCUGCCAAUCCCAGAUCCUUCGUCAUCUCUUGGGACCCCCACAAGCCCAGUGGGUCCUGAUGCCUCUCCAGGUGUGGCUGGUUUCCAUGACAACCUAAGGAAGUCUCAGGGGACUAGUGCUGAGGGCAGUGUUAGAAAAGAAGCUUUGCAGUCUCUCAGACUCAGUCUUCCUAUGCAAGAAACGCAACUGUGUUCAAUAGAGGCUUCCCUGCCCCUGGAGAAGGAGGAGCUGGUCCGACUUCAGGCUCGGAAACGGCUGGAAGAACAGCUCAAACAGUACAGAGUGAAGCGCCAGCAGGAAAGAUCCAGUCAGCCUGCAGCUAGAAUGAGAUUGUCCAGCACACUUGACCCCGAACUCAUGCUGAACCCAGAAGCCCUGCCCCGGGCCAGUGCUGUGGCUCUGACAAAGGAAUAUUCCUUCCUGCGCACCAGUGUCCCUCGAGGCCCGAAGGUGGGCAGCCUAGGGCUCCUGACACACCCUAAGGGGAAAAAAAGUUCCAAAUCAAGCAAAAUUCGGUCUCUGGCUGAUUAUAAAACUGAAGACGUCAGUGCUGGGAGUUCUGGUGGAGACGCUGCAGCUGUGGACUCUGCCAGGGUCUCUCUGAAGCAGAACCGAAGCAGCGUGGUGUCAGUGGUGUCUGAGCUGAGCCUGGGUCCUGAGGCCGAUGACCACCUGGAAAAUGUCGACAACAUGUCUGAGGCCGAUGGGAAUGAGAGUGACAGCUCCUCCCACAGCAGUGUCUCUGCCCGCGGGACGUGUGGGCUUCUGAUGAAUACCUUGGGCACUCAAGAAGCCUCCUAUGUGGUCAAUGGCCAAGAGAUUGCCGCUGGUGCCCUGGGCCAGUUCCCCUCCAUCACGGAUGUCCUCCAGGCUGCCGCCGCUGAGCACCAAGACCGGGGGCAGGAGGUCAACGGGGAGGCGCGGAGCCGGACAGACAGCAUGUGCAGCAGCAUAUCCCUGGAGAGCUCUGCUGCCGAGACCCACGAUGCCAUGCUACAGGCCCUUAAAGACAAGAUGAGGCUUGAAGGCCAGGUGGAGGCACUAUCUGCAGAGGCCAGUCAGGCACUUAAAGAGAAGGCAGAGCUACAGGCACAGCUCGCCGCUCUGAAUACGAGGCUGCAGGCGCAGGUGGAACACAGCCACAACAGCCAGCAGAAGCAGGACUCGCUCAGUUCAGAGGUGGACACCUUGAAGCAGUCUUGCUGGGACCUGGAGCGAGCAAUGAAUGACCUGCAGAACAUGCUAGAAGCCAAGAAUGCCAGUCUGGCGUCAUCCAACAGCGAUCUACAGGUGGCAGAAGAGCAGUACCAAAGACUCAUGGCCAAAGUAGAAGAGAUGCAGAGAAACAUCCUCAGUAAGGACAACACAGUGCAUGACUUGCGGCAACAGAUGACAGCCCUACAGAACCAGCUACAGCAGGUGCAACUGGAACGAACCACCCUGAGCAGCAAGCUGAAGGCGUCCCAAGCCGAGAUCUCAUCUCUGCAGCAUGUCAGGCAGUGGUACCAGCAGCAGCUCGCCCUGGCCCAGGAGGCCCGGGUCAGACUGCAGGGUGAGAUGGCCCACAUCCAGGUUGGACAGAUGACCCAGGCAGGCCUCCUGGAACACCUGAAACUUGAGAAUGUGUCCCUGUCCCACCAGCUGACGGAAACCCAGCACAGAUCCAUCAAGGAGAAGGAGCGCAUUGCGGUCCAGCUCCAGGGCAUUGAGGCCGACAUGUUGGACCAGGAAGCUGCCUUUAUGCAGAUUCAAGAGGCAAAGACAAUGGUGGAGCAGGACCUGCAGCGGAGGCUGGAGGAGUUUGAAGAUGAGAAGGAACAGCUACAGAAGAUGGCGGCCUUGGCUGUCUCCCUGGAGCAGCAGUUGGAGCAGGUGAAUUUGACUUUGCAACAGAGAGACCAGCAGCUUGAGGUUUUACAACAAGAGCAUCUGGACCUCCUGAGGCAGCUCACCUCGACACAGGAGACAUUGCAGACCCGGGAGCAGUCCCUUGGCGACCUGCAGGUACAUUACGACGAGCUGCAUGCACGGCUGGAGGAGCUGCAGGGGGAGGCUGCCUCCAGGGACGACACGAUCCGCUUCCUGCAAAAUGAGAAGAUCGUCUUGGAGGUGGCUCUGCAGGCAGCCAGGAGUGGCAGAGAAGAGCUGGACAGAGGAGCAAAGCGCUUGGAAGAGGGCACCGAGGAGACAUCACAAAUUUUAGAGCAGUUGAGACAAGAGCUAGCUGUUAAGUCCAGCCAGGUGGAGCACUUGCAGCAAGAGGCCGCCACUCUGAAAAAGCAGAUACAGAAAAUAAAGGAACAGUUUCUUCAACAAAAGGUGAUGGUGGAGGCCUAUCGGCGGGAUGCCACCUCCAAAGACCAGCUCAUUGGUGAGCUGAAGGCCACGAAGAAGAGGCUUGACUCCGAGCUGAAGGAGCUGAGGCAAGAGUUAAUUAAACUUCAAGGGGAGAAGAAGUCCACGGAGGUGGAACAUGUGCGCUUGCAGAAAGAGGUGUCCCACAUCCGUCAGCAGAUGGUGGACCUGGAAGGCCACCUCCAGGUGGUACAGAGGGAGCGCAACGAGAUGGAGACACACUUGCAGUCUUUGCAGUUUGAUAAAGAGCAGGUGGUUGCUCUUACGGAGGCCAACCAGGUGCUCAAGAAGCAGAUUGAGGAGCUACAGCAGGAAGCUACCAAGGCCAUCACAGAGCAGAAGCAGAGGAUGAAGCGGCUGGGCUCAGACCUGAGCAGUGCUCAGAAGGAGAUGAAGACCAAGCAUAAGGCUUAUGAGAACGCUGUGGGCAUUCUUAGCCGCCGCCUGCAGGAGGCCCUCGCAGCCAAGGAGUCGGCAGAGUCAGAGCUGAGCCAGCUGAGAGCCCAGGUGGCUGGCGGUGGCAGCAACAUCCUUCUGCACGAGAGAAUCCAGGCUCUGGAGGCAGAGCUGCAGGCUGUCAGCCACAGUAAGACGAUGCUGGAGAAGGAGCUGCAGGAGAUCAUCACACUGACCAGCCAGGAGCUUGAGGAACACCGGGAGAAGGUGCUGGAGCUGGAAGAUGAGCUUCAAGAAUCCAGAGGCUUUAGGAGGAAGAUAAAGCACCUUGAGGAGUUGAAUAAGAAGUUGGCCCUUGAGUUAGAGCAUGAAAGAGGGAAGCUUACAGGCCUGGGGCAGUCCAACGCGGCUUUGAGGGAACACAACAGCAUCUUAGAAACAGCUUUAGCCAAGAGGGAGGCGGACCUGGUUCAGCUGAACCUCCAGGUACAGGCAGUCUUGCAGCGGAAAGAGGAGGAGGACCGCCAGACGAAGCAGCUCGUCCACACCUUACAAGCUGCAUUGGAGCGAGAAAAGGCAAAAGUGCACAGCCUCAAGGAACAGGUUGCUGCCUCCAAGGCGGAAGCAGGCCAUAACCGCCGCCACUUCAGGGCCGCCACCUUGGAGCUGAGUGAGGUGAAGAAGGAACUGCAGGCCAAGGAGCAGCUGGUUCAGAAGCUGCAGGCUGAGGCCGAGGGUCUCCAGAUUCAAGAGGAGAAACAUUCCCAGGAAAUAGUACAGUUCCAGGCAGAGCUGGCGGAGGCCCGGACCCAGCUCCAGCUCCUGCAGAAGCAGCUGGACGAGCAGCUAAAUAAGCAGCCUAUAGGAAACCAAGAGAUGGAAAAUCUCAAAUGGGAGAUGGAACAGAAAGAAAGAGAACUCCAAUCCUUGAAGCAGCAGCUGAACAUGACUGAACAGCAGAGUAAGAAAGAACUGGAUGGAAUACAGCAGUUAUUGCAGAAUAUGAAAGCUGAGUUGGAGAUGGUACGGGAAGAUCUGUCUCUGACGCAGAAAGAUAAAUUCAUGCUUCAAGCUAAAGUGUCAGAACUGAAGAACAACAUGAAGACUCUGCUCCAGCAAAACCAGCAGCUCAGGCUGGACUUGCGGCGUGGCACAACCAAGAUGAGAAAGGAGCUGAAAGGCGAAACCAGCUCUUCCGGCCCCGUGACACCAGUGAAGAUUCCUGACUGCCCUGUCCCAGCCUCGCUACUGGAGGAGCUGCUGAGGCCCCCGCCUGCUGUGAGCAAGGAACCUCUCAAGAACCUCAAUAGUUGUCUCCAGCAGCUGAAGCAGGAGAUGGACAGCUUGCAGCGCCAGAUGGAGGCACACACCGUCACAGUGCAUGAGUCACUGUCCUCGUGGACUCAGGGGGAUCCCACCGCCAGCGCUGCUCCCCUGGGAGAUCACGCCAACCCCAGGGGAGAUACAGAGCAACACAGUCAGUGCAGGGUCUCCAGAGAGGUGCUUGGAACAGUGAGCACCGAGCACCCCCACUCCGAGUGCUUGUAACUACCCAAAGGAAUAUUCUUUUAUCAAUAUUAUUUAUUUGACUGCUCUGUGUUUUUCUAAGAGAUGAAGUUUAAAUUUUGCAUCUGCCUUUACAAGAAGUAAAAGAACAAGAGCCAAGGGUUAGAGAAAUAGUCCUUUGCAAAUCACAGCUAGCUUUUCCCAUGAAAUGACCAAAUGCUGACAUCCUAGUUUAGAUCUCAGCGAGAAGUUUUUGAAUGUUUCUGAAGGGUUACUUGCAGAAGGUGUCUGUUGAGUGAUUGUAGAUGCUGCUCUGAGGGUGACGCCAACCAGUGGUCACCGGUGGAAACUGCAUGACUGGGUCCCAUUUCUCUUUCCUGAUUCAGUGAGAGCCUUACCUCCCUGCCAAAAUGAAACUUUAUUUGCACCUUUGGUUUUUAUUUUAUUUUCAAUAGCUCUCUCAUUAUAGGAUAUGUAUAUAAAUACAGAAAAUCAUAAGCUAAUCUUUAAAAAGUCUAUGUCCAUAUUAUUUAAGAAUGACUUAAAUUGUCUUUUUAUUGAUUGCUUUUUGAAAAUCUGUCAGGAUGUAAUGUACAUGUAGGAUUUAGGGAUGUCAGUCAGAAAAAUAUAUUUUAAGAAAUAUAAUUAUUUUAUUUACUGUACCUUCUAAAACCAAAUAUUCUUGCAGCAAAAAGGUUCUUUGUUUUAGUUUCACUUUAUUUUUGAGAGCCUUGUCCUGAGUGCAUGCCCCCCCAUCUCCACUUGACCCUUGGCCCUGCACUGUGUCCCUCACCUUGGCUGACCCCCGAUUGCCGAUUGAUUGCCAAUUGCUGUGCACUGGCCUGAUGUGUGAGAUGCUUGGGGAGGGGUCAGAGGACUGGAGGGGAGAGAGGACCAGGCUCCCUGCAGGGCUCCAAGCCAGGCAGCACAGCUUCUCCAGGCCUCCCCUUCUGCCCCCCACUCCUCUUCCCCCUGUGCCCACAUGAAGACGUCCACCAGGGCCUGUGUGUGGGCAUGCUGAAGUCUUUGCGGUGACAGAAGUUCCUGUAACCUCUCAUCUGGAGGGGUUUCUAGAAGGGAUAGGUCAGCUCUGUGAGAAGGAGGCAGAGGCCUCCCAAGCUCCCCUGGAGGAAGCAGGCUCUCUGAGUGUGUACCUUUCCUCAUCUGCAGUAAUUGACUGGCUCUGACCCUUGAGGUCUGUAACUUUGUCCCCUACUUGGCAAAGAAUUGGAAGCUGAUAGUUACUGUUGUGAGUUAGUGAAGAGAAACCCCCAGGUGCAGAUCUGCUGGUCUGAAGAUGAAGUUGGAAGUGUUGCUGAUCAGGCCAUGUAUGCUUGUAUCGACUUAUUACUUAUGCCUCUUUUGUGGAGAAAAUGGUUUGGUAUUUUUAAGCUAUUUGUGUUCUCUUACGCUAUUAGAAGGUUAAUUGAUAAAGUAGCAUUAACUACAAAGAUGCUUCCUAUUUAAAAAAAAAAAUUCCCUAGCAAGUAUUGAAACUUCUGAAAUAUGUAUAUCACUUGUACAGGGUUAAUUUUGAAAUAAUACUUGAAGACAUCAUUAUAAAUAUAGCCUAUUUUUCACCUUAAAAGUUGGAAAUUGUUUUUGACAAAGUUGUUUUUGUACCAUUAGAGAAGAAAAAUCAUAAUUUACAUUCUUAUUUAUUUUGGGUGUUUUAUCUUCAGUUUUAAUUUUAAAACCAAGACGUGACACUCAGCCUCAGGCCGUGGCUGCUUCCUCGCUGCUGCUCAUUGAAGGUCUCCCAGUGAAAGCCGGUCACUGUGCAUUUCUCCUUAGGAAGGGGUAAAACAGAUUCUGAAUCAUCCUCAAGUGAAAGCAAGUUUCUGUUCCUCACUUUGUUUCCCACAUGUCUUAUCUACCUGCUGUAUGGGUGUGCAUGCCUGCGUGCACAUCUUUUCGUGCACGUGUGCGGCUGUGUGUGUGCACGUGUAUGCCUGUGCACGUGUGUCUGUGUGCGCCUUUGUGUGUGUUUGUGUGCCUGUGGGUGUGUGUGGGUGUGCGUGUGAGGGCCUGCAGGAACAGCACUCCCUGCUUUCCUGACAUCUCCUGUGCCACCUUUGUUGUCACCCCGUGUUUUAGCUCUGUGAGCACCCAGCCUGCCUUAGGUCUGAGUUCUUGGCGGUCCCCGCCCAUUGCAAUGUGUCCUGGGUGGCCUGCAGCUCCUGACUUGGGGCCUUUUUGUUCAAGCUGACGCCACCUUAAGUCAUCUGAAGAAGGAAGCUGGACUUUGAAAUCACCUGCUUCUGAUUUGUUGAGGGUUUUUUUUUUGUUUGUUUGUUUUUUUAAAUCUCCAAGGGACUUGCUUGGCACUUUUACCUCCCAGGGCUACAUUCUGCAGUGAAUAUCAUUUGUAAUAUUCUGUUGUGGGCAGAAGUAGGAAUUUGGAAUUUACUCAUAGGAAACAGCAGUCCAGUCUGGAGUAUAUGUAAGAACAGGCUUUCUGCUACAUUAUGUUUCUGUAUAUUACUCCUCCUGUGUGAUGUAAUACUAUAUGUCAUGUCCCCACUGCAGAAGAUGUUGGCUCGGACCCUUGAUAAUGUCAUUUCUGUUUUUCUUAUGUUUCAAAAAAAAAGCUUAUUGCAGUGUGGUUAUCACUGAUUUUUCCAUGGAACACAUCGAAUAGAUGCCACAGAUCUUACGGAUUUAUAUGGUUUUGUUCUGUUUGGAAGGUAUAACUGGCAAGAUUUUGAUAGGAUGUGAAACUGCCCUGGGGUCCAGGUAAUCAUAUGGACUUGCUGGAAGAUUCUUUGAUUCAUUAUGCUCUUUCUCAGUUUAAAGACUUUUCUUGGUGUAGGGAUACUGCAGAAGCCAUGGCAUAUAUUCCUACUCCUAUGAGUAACUUCUUAAAUAGAAAUGUCCUGUGUAAAGAUUUCUAGUAGUGGAAGGGGCCAGUGUAUCUGAAAGACAAAUGUCCUGGAGCCUCCCUCAGGGGCCCUGUGAUGCGUGAGAUGUCCUGAGCCUUACUCAAGUUCACUGACUCCACGUUUCAGGCAAGUCUGAUUGUGUGGUGGUCUCAGGUUAUAAUAGGAUCCUUGAGGGUAAUUUUGUAGAGGGUCUAGAAAACUUGGUGGCUUUACGUUAAGUCAUUUCUGUUAAAAAUUUCCUCAUGAAAGGAGUCCUCAGGUUGGGGCUAUUAGGGAAAAGGUGUCACCAUGCACAACGAAUUGUAACUUUAAAAAGCAUGUUGAUUUUUUAUAAAUUUAAGUGUGCUGGGGAAUUCCUUAAAUUUUGUGCAAUAAACUAUUUUUUGUUAAAGAUUU